GCAACUCCCAUGGCUACGGCUGGAGAGAGAGAGAGAGAGGAUACUGAAGUGAUGGAGUAAACACCAACGAGAUGCUGACACCUUUCUCUUUUCAGUUCUCGUCAAAGGAAAUCCACAAGUAAACUGAUUAAGAAAUCGCAGGAAGGAGAAAGAAGCAGGGAGCAGACCAGCGAUGUCGUUCAUGAGAGGAGAUUUGCUAACCAGAACCAGAAAGCUCGUCAAGGGCUUGGCCAAGGCCGAGCCUGCUUGGCUCAAAGCCAUGGAACAGGCACCGCCUGCAACAUUUCCACGUUGUGAUGGAAAAGUUCAAAAAAUCGCUCUUCCUGAGGAUCCUUAUAUCAAGAAGUUCUUCAAGGAGCAUCCUGAUUCCAAACAUGAAGAUGCCAUCAAGAUCUGUGGUUUUGAACCCCCUCCGGCCCGUAUAUUUGGUAUGCGGGUGCUUGAGUUGAAGGAGCAGGGAGUUAGUGAAGAGGAAGCUAUGUCUAUGGCCGAUCUGGAAUAUCUGGCAGAGAAAAAGGCAAAAAAGAAGGCAUAUGCUCGAUUGAAACAAAUCGCACGUAUUCAGGGGAAAAAACCUCCACCUAAUCCAUAUCCUAGUGCCAUUAAGGAAAUACAAGCAGAGGAGAGGAAGUAUGUUCGAGACCGGUUUUUCAAUCCCAAUAUAUAUCAAAUUGUGAAGAGGAUGAAAGAAGAGAAAGCAGCUACAGCAUUCGAUAGACAAGGUGGUUGGUCAUAGUAGAGAAUGGGCAUAUUUGCACCAUUGUUUCCAAUAACUAGUUCUGCUAAUCCAAUGCAAUACAGAUUCCUUUUUGUUUUUUGGUUGAUAAUCAUUAUAAGGAUGUAACUAAGUGUCUGUUUAAACUGGCACAUUUGACUUCCCUACAUUCCUCUCCUUUUCCUCUUUUCUUUUGUUUAAUGUUGUCCUGAAAGUUCUGAUUGUUAGUUUCCUUGCAAUGAGAUUGUCAUAAUUUGUUUAGCUAUAAUUUGACUUCCUUCA